GACGCUUCCAAAAUUGCAUGGCAAAUGAAGUGGAUUUGGGGUGUUUUGCGCUUAUUAUAACUAAUUUCUAGGGAGAAGACUGCUAUUUUCAAAAUUCGCAUUAGAUGUCGUUUGACUCGAGUGUUUAUUUUUCCAAUUAGUGGGCACUAUUAUUCCAUUUUAACAGAGUAUCCGGCCAUGAGCUCCAGCAGUCCGACCAGACAGCUGGCAGACGGACUGACUGCAUCUCGACUGCUGAUGCCUGUAUCGAGCUGAGAGGUGCGGAUGCGGUCUGUCUGGGUCCUCCGUCUGGAGUGAAGCCUCUCUGAACUAAAGCCAGAGGAAGGACCCUCUAACCAUGGACAAUCCAGAAAGGUGUGCCUGUAAUGCUCAGGGGUGAGGAGGACAGCUGCUGAGGAGGAGGAGAUGGGCUGCACCUCUGCUAAGCAGGUGUCUGCCGUGCCCAACGGUGAGGAGGGCCAGAGUAAAGCCUACAGCAACGGGGACCUCCUCUCUGAUGAGUACAAGAUGAAAGGAGUGGAGAAAGUCAAGUACAUCAGUGGAGAAGAGGGAGGAGUGGACGGCCAGGACAGCACAGAGAAAAGUGCUCUCCUUGGUAAAGGUCAACACAUGGAUGAAACAGGGUCAAAUGGAAAUGGAAAGAUUCUGAGCAUUCACUCCUCGGAGAGCCAGCAAGAAUUCUUCAGGAUGCUGGAUGAGAAAAUUGAGAAAGGCCGGGACUACUGCUCAGAGGAGGAAGAUAUGACAUAGCACUGUGGUCGUGUGUCCGUCAGUCCCAACAUGAAUGAACUGUCACUCCAGUGUUCCGGGUGGACCGUACCAUGUGUUACCGUGUGUGGGGUUGAACUCUGUCCCUUGUAUGUACACGCCUGAGAAAAACGGAUAACUGACUUGAAUCAAGCACCUUUUUUGCCCUCCUGCUCACAACCCUGGUUCCCGCUCAACCAAGAGAGAAAUGACCAGCAAAAUCAAAGAUGGUUCAGUAUUUAUACAUUUCCAAGACUCUACGAAGGAAGAGAACAUUUAGGUUUACUUACUUAAUGAAGCCAUUACAGGAUGACAGAGAUCUUGGGAUUUGUACUUGCUUUCCUAUCCCUGCUUGAGUAAGUCCUGGAAGGCCAAUACACAUGGCUGUCACUAAGACCUCCUGGAGACAUUUGAAACCAUCAGACUGUUGCAAAUAUAAAUUUCCAGCAGCAGAAGCAACCAGUGGACACUGAUGUCUCUAUCUGCAUCAUUUUCAGUAUUUCAUCCUUGAAUGCCUCCCUGAAAAGUCAAGGGGUUGGAAACUUUCUGCAUUCCAAAACACAGUAUGAACCUCUUUUCUACAGUACGUCGGCCAGUCCAGUGUGUUUGUCUGUCCAUGUCUGUUUCUGCUAUGAUGUAGAGUAUUUAUGUUGAAUAAGGCUCAGGGUUGAAGUGUUGUAAUCUUUGUCUCAUGUACUCGAGUCCCUCCCCUCAUUAAGACACUGUCACACCAUUAAAAACACUCAUUCACUCGCACAGCAGGGUUAUUGAUGUCCCCUGCUUCAGUAUCUGUUCCAUGCUGACCCUACAGGGUGGACACUGCAAAUUCACAUCAAGUCUGACUAUGUAUCUCGCUCACCAGUGUUAAUGUUGUUGUGUUCAGUUUCUAUGUUGAUUUUGUUUUGUUUUUCUAGAAAAAUAAAAAGUGUUUUCAGUAACUUA